UCUUCACCUUGAUUGGAGGAGUAGAGUGUCAAUCACAGUGGGCCGUUGGGACGAGAGAUGGUGGACUAACUUUUAAUGAACGUCUGCUCAAAUUACAGUUUUCUUUUUGUAAAUGACUUUGGCCGAAACUGAAAAGAUUUCUCGAGUAUAUAGUGGCUGACCUCUGAACCAGGAAGUGAUGGACUUCCGUGGUGGCAGGAGGCGGGGCGAGGACAGCAUUGCCAUGGUGAUAGACUUCCUGCUGGCCAAUGCCAGGCUGGUGCUGGGAGUGGGUGGAGCCGCCAUUCUGGGGAUCGCCACGCUGGCUGUCAAACGGCUCAUAGAACGUGCAGGCAGUGCAGCAGAGGAUGAGAAGGUGGAGCAGAAGAUGACAGAGAGUUGGGAGGAGCUUAGCUUAGGCCCCUCCCCCUCCAGAAAGAGUCUGGAGGACGUGGUCCUGAAGCACGUCUCCACGGCAACCAGGCAGGAGAAAGGAGACCUGUGCCAGCAGCAGAAGUCCAUCUUGGAGUGUGUGACCCCACCCAGCCAGGCUGAGCUGGGGUCUAAACCCAGUAGAGUGCAGUUAUGUGCUCCCCUGUCUCUGCAGGAUCAGCUGCAGCAGUACUACAGCAGCAGGGUACUGGUGAGUCCAGAGGAGGUGCUGUGGGCCCAGCGUCUGUGUGUGGAUGUCUGCACAGAGAUCCAGGGCUUCCUGCUGUCCACACACCCAGACAUGCCCCUGGGAGAGUUCAGCCUGGGGGGGCCCCUGCUAGAUGACCUGGAGGCGGUGCGUGUGGACCAUGUGUGUGUGCUGGUGCCGCUGCGUGUGGAAGCCGGGCUGUGGAGCCUGGUUCCUGGGGAGCAGACUCUUCUCAAACAGCCCCUCUCCUGGAUGGUCCGCCGCAGCAGCCUGGAGUACUUCCCCCGGGGACGCAGUUACUGGGACAGGUUCCUGGUGGGCGGGUACCUGUCGUCUGAGGCGCUAGUGAACAUGCUCAGUAAGGUUGUAAUGGAGACCAUGAACUGGCCGUCUCUUAGCAACAGUCUGGACUGCCUGGUGCGGCCGGUGCUGGGGGGCCCAGAGCUCAAGCUGGAGGUCAGCCCUGCCCCAGGCUGCUGUGUGUCGGGGGGAGGGGAGUCCCUGUUCGUGUCCCUUCUGCCGGUGCUUAGGCAGGAUGACGUGGUGCUGUGUGCCCAGCCGGGGCUCACCCUGCCCUGGCCGUCCGCCUGGCGCCUGUCCCUCUACCCCUGGGAGACCCAGCGGCUGGCGCAGCUCGACGGCCAGGACGGAGGCGUCCGCGGCCGCCUGCUGAAGACCCUGAAGGCUGUGUGCAGGCUGAACCCCACCCUGCGGCCCCUGACCUCCGCCCCGCUGGCCAACCUCAUCCUGCACCUCAGCGACAAGGAGCCCGAUUGGUCGGAGGGGGCUCUGGAGGGGCGGUUCCGGCAGUGUGUGGAGGAGCUGAUUGGCUACCUGGAGCAGGGGGCGGUGCCCAGCUACUUCAAGGCGGGGGUGAACGUUCUGGGGGGCGUGUCGGAGGAGCAGGUGGAUCAGAUGGGCUUCCUGCUGUACUGUGCUUUGUCUGACCCUGGCAUCCUGCUUAUCUGAUACACACACACCAUACACACACAUGCUAUACACACACACCAAACACACUCUAUACACACUAUACACACAUCAUACACACACACCAUACACACACUAUACACAUACACACCUCAUACACACCCACACCACUGUGCCCUGUCUCAACCUAGGAUCCUGCUCCUCUAAGAUCCUGCUACUCUGACACACAAGUUUUAUAUAUAUA